AUGUCGGGCCUUGAGUCUUCUCAGGAUGAGACAGCAAGCUGGAAUUCGCGAUGGGUAGGACGGUCAAUUGGGCAGGACCAUUAUGGCAGGGCAUUGUAUGAUUGUGUGGAACUGGAGCCCUUCGACGAUGCCGAUGACCCAAUAAAGGUGUGCUUGGGAGAUACAGUUGAGGUGUUCCCUGACGAUGCAGAGGUUGCAAAACUCCCAGAGCUGCCAGACGGGAGUGAGCGAGUCUAUGUUGUCAAAGUGACCAAGCUUUGGGAGAAGCUCCAGGGGAAAGCCAGCGGGACUCCGGCCGUGAAGUACUUCGAGGGAGAAUGGUUCUACACAAUAUGGGACACGAUUGUGCUUACAGAAGUUGGCGGCAAAGCCUUCCUCCCUCCUGAAGGCAAUGGCAUUGAGCGAUUGGACAGUCGACAGGUGUUCAAAGCUGACCAGAACGAGGGGCUGUGGGGCAACAAAUUUGAAGUGGGGGUAAUCAAGAGGGUGGUGCGCAUUGUGCAUGUAACUCCCGGCCACCCGGCGCCCAAUCCUGGAAGUUGUGACUAUUGGUGGUCGAUGAUGUAUUCCAAACGGUUCUACACCUUCCGGGACUAUGAUCACAAGCCAGCUGCUGCAAGAAGCAACAGGGUCCUCAAGUCCAUUGAUAUCUUCAGUGGGUGCGGCGGCUUCUCCUUUGUGGCGCAAAGGAAUGAGAAUGGGAGAGUGGAGGUGGGCCACGCGGUGGACAUAUUUGAGGAUUCUUUGAGGACAUUUCAAGUCAACCAUCCUAACACGCAUGUGCAUCUCAUGCAUGUGGAGGAGUUCAUUUUUGCAUGCCAGAAAUUGCACCAACUUUACGAUACGCUGGACGAUCGGGAUGUGGGAAAUGAUACAGUGGAACAGGGAUUCAUAUCUGGAGUCAGAGUCGACCAUCCGGAAGAUGACAGGUGGGACUCCAGCAAGCCAGAGGUGCAGCUGCCAGAAGAGGUGUCGGAGGACAACUCAUGGCUUGUGUUUGAGUACAACCGGCCAUCUGUUGGUGCCGCAAUGGAUCGCUGCUGGCUGAGGCAGGAUAGCAUUCCUGCAGGAGCGUUCUCUGCAUUUUUGAGGGCAGCCCGGGAAAGAGGCACUUUCCCCUGCCCCGCCACCACUGCAGCAGGCUCCAAGGACGUAGACUUCAUCUGCGGCGGGCCCCCUUGCCAGGGCCUCAGUGGAUUGAAUAAGAGCGCAAGGACAAAGGACAUAUUGGAGGACAGCAGGAACAGCCAGAUCAAGGCCUUUUUGAAGGCAGUGAUGGUGUUCAAGCCAGCGUUUGUGCUGCUGGAGAACAUUCAGGCAUCGAUAUCCAAGCAACGAGAGGACGGGCUGUACAUAAAAUUCGCAAUUGUGCAGCUUCUAUCCAUGGGCUACCAGACGAGGUUGGGGCUGAUCGCCUCCGAUGAUCAAGGCGUGCCGGAGCAUCGCAGGAGAUGCUUCCUGUGGGCUGCAAAAUCAGGAUCCGAAGCACUGCCGCCUUUCCCAAAGCCUGUGUGCCACUCUGAAAAAUGGGAUUGGGGGGAAGUUCCCCAUCUGCAGGAUUUCGCAGUGAGCAUUUUUGAGGAUGAUAAGGGGGCCGGCAAAGGCGGGGAGCUCUUUCCACCGCUUGUAACUGAAGACGCUCUUGAUGACCUUCCCGAAGUGUCAAACUUCAGUUUCACGGACGCGAUGCAGUACAAAUCUGAACCCACGAGGCCCUAUCAGCUGUGGAUGAGACGCAGCCCCCCUGACUGGGAGCCAUCGUUCCUUGACAGGGCUGCGCAGGCGGACAUGUACAUGCACGCUUCCAGACAGAGUCUGUUUUCUGCUCUGACGAGGACGGCGAAGCUCAAGCGCAAAGACAGGCUGAACGCCCUGGGCCAGCUUGCAAUGGGCAUGAGCAAGCCUGAGAAAUUCGAGAAACAUGUUGUGAAACUGGCAGUGGCAGAUGCGACCCCAGGAGCGCGGCAAAUGUUUGAUUUGUGGGCUCGGCAUUUUCGUGCAAGUCAGGUGUUGCGUUUCGGGAAGAUGGUGGAGGUGGAACUGGAGCGGUACGAGGAGGCGGCGGCGGCAUCACAACCAGGGCCUCUGCGGGAUCAUGUGCCAUCCACAUGUAGAUCGAUCAUUUAUGACCGCAUGUUGGCGGUUCCGAAAGCUUCGCCGGUGCUGGAUGGUCCAGAUUACAGGGACAUGCGGGGCAUCGUUGAGCACAAGGAUGGCAGUUGUUGUGUUGGCCACACACAUCCCAUAACCCGCGGCACGACUUCCUGCAAGGGUGGCGGCAAUAGCACCCUCGUAAAGGCGGCCGGUGGCGGCGGCCUCCACAGAAAGACAGUUUGGCGCACGGUUGCUGGCCGUGAGGGAGCACAACUUAAGGGGUGCCCGGCCAGCACUGUUUUCGCCGGCCCCUCGCAAUUUUUAGUGCCCAGGAGGUUUGUGAAAAGGGGCACCAAAAACUGUCCCUAUGGGCGCGUCGAGCUCCAAGGCAGCAUGAAAGUGCUGACGUGCACAGUCCAGCCAGAGACCACGGAGACAUUGCAUCCUCGCCAAGACAGAACGCUGACUGUAAGGGAACAUGCUCGGCUUCAGGGUUUCCCGGACUACUACGUCUUUGUGGGUUCUUACAAAAGAAGGAGACUUGGAGGUUCUCUGAUAGAAAACGUCAGCGUGUCCAGCCGGUUCAAGCAAAUUGGAAAUUCUGUCGUGCCUGCAGUGGCAGCUGCACUAGGGCGGUGCCUGCUUCUGGCAGCAGCUGGGCGCAGUGACCCCAUGGAACCAAUUGCGGCCGUGCUGGACCCGGAGUUUGAGCGUGUCAUGGUCGAGGCCAAGGCAAAGGGCCUCAGGUGCCGGAUGGAGGAGCCAGAUGUUCAGGCGCUGGUGCACCAGCGCCACCGGGCGAGCAGCGGUAGCGGGGAAGAUGGCUACGUGAGCUCGCCCACAGACCCCGAGGAAGAGCAGAAUGUAGUUUCAGAGUCAGCGUCGGAGGACAACAUGGAAACAUAA